UCCCUGGGGACCCUCAUCCUCGUGAUGUUUGGCUGUGGCUCUGUGGCCCAGGUUGUGCUCAGUCGGGGCACCCAUGGUGGUUUCCUCACCAUCAAUCUGGCUUUUGGCUUUGCUGUCACCCUGGGCAUCCUCAUUGCUGGCCAGGUCUCAGGAGCUCACCUGAACCCUGCUGUGACCUUUGCUAUGUGCUUCCUGGCGCGUGAGCCCUGGAUCAAGCUACCCAUCUACACCCUGGCUCAGACUCUGGGAGCCUUUUUGGGUGCUGGGAUCGUUUUUGGGCUGUAUUAUGAUGCCAUCUGGAGCUUUGCCAACAAUGAGCUUAUAGUCGCGGGCCCCAACGGCACAGCUGGUAUCUUUGCCACCUACCCCUCUGGACAUUUGGACAUGGUCAAUGGCUUCUUCGACCAGUUCAUAGGCACAGCCUCCCUCAUUGUGUGUGUGCUGGCCAUCGUUGACCCCUACAACAACCCUGUGCCCCGUGGCCUGGAGGCCUUCACCGUGGGCCUGGUGGUCCUAGUCAUUGGAACCUCCAUGGGUUUCAACUCCGGCUAUGCUGUCAACCCUGCCCGGGACUUCGGCCCCCGCCUUUUCACUGCUAUCGCUGGCUGGGGCUCUGAAGUUUUCACGACUGGCCGGCACUGGUGGUGGGUGCCCAUUGUGUCCCCACUCCUGGGCUCCAUCGCGGGCGUCUUCGUGUACCAGCUCAUGAUCGGCUGCCACCUGGAGCAGCCCCCACCCUCCACUGAGCAGGAGAAUGUGAAGCUGGCCCACGUGAAACACAAGGAGCAGAUCUGAGUGGGCAGGGGUCACGGCCACUACCCCUCCUUUGAGCAUCCACUGACUGUGCAGGGGCCAUGCCCUAGAAGCCCCCUUCAUGAUUCCCUUCUCAGGCUAAGAUGCUCCCUAUAUCCCCUCACCCCAGACAGCCUCCUGCAGGAGUUCCACUGGACCCUGCCCAAACAGGACCAUAGGCCACUGCUCUUAGCUGUGGUGGGACAGGGAGUGGGGACAAUAUGUCAUUUUAUCUCCCAAAGAGAGAGAAUGGGCAGUAAGUGUAUGUGUGUGGGUGUGUGUAUGUGUGUGUACACAUGAAUGUGUGUUUCCCAGCUAUUCAGAGCAAGGGACUAAGUAGAAAGGAUUCUAGGGAGGGGCAGAGAGGGAAGGUGAUGUGUCUGAAUGUGAGUGAGGAAAGUGCCAGGGUGUGCACAUUUUAGAAACUGGUCUCAGGCUUCUGUUCUCACCCACUCUGGCUCUAAUCUGUCACCAGAUGCCAUCUGGAGCUUUGCCAGCAACGAGCUUAUAGUUGCAGGCCCCAAUGGCACAGCUGGCAUCGGCUGUACAGAGGAGGGUUCAGGUGCAUGUUUUCCUUUUUCUUUUUCUUUUUUGAAAGGUUUUUGCUAUAGGGCACGUGAGCGCACCGGAAACACAGAGAGAGACAGAGAGACAGAAAACAAGAA